GAAACAUACUAGAUUACUGAAAAAUGAAAACAGUCAGAAGAAAACAGAUAAAUCAACAGUGUUGACAAAAAAACAAGAAAAGAAACAGCCUAAACCUAAUCUCAAAAAAGAAGUCCAUACUUUUCUUACGGACGAUGAAAAUUCAUAUUGUACACCAGGUCGAAAGGACACUAUUACAAAGAAGAAAAUAAAAAAGCAGAUAAGAUAUUUAUCAGAAACCUUACAGGUUUUGCACAAAAAGUUUGUAUCUACAAAACAUAUUCAGAUAUCAUAUCCACAUUUUUGUCGCUUCAAGCCUUUUUGGGUAAUUCAAAGACCUGCCAACAAGAGAGACACCUGCAUGUGCAAGUAUCACGAAAACUUUUUCUUCCUGUUUCAGAAAUGUAAACAGUACAAACUGAUAAAUCACUCCAAUAUGAAUGAUCUUGUUAGUAGUAUUUGUUGCAGUGUAACUAAUAAAACUUGUGUAUAUAGAGAAUGUGAUACGUGCAAGUCAACAAAAAUUGCCUUCAAUGAAAACUGUGAUACUGAGUGGGACUCUAAAAUCCAUCAUUUUGAGUGGAAAAAUGUUACAGAGGAGCGUGUGAAAAAUGGGGUAAAAAGGAUGGUAAAAGUUACGAGAAAAGUUAAAAUAUUUUGUACACUAGAAGAGUUGAAAGAGAAAUUAUGUUCUCAGAUCCUUUUAUUCAUGACUCAUAAGUUUAGAGUUUACAAUCAGAACAAGUUUUCUAAGUACUGUAGAACAAACUUAAAUGAUGACGAAGUUUUUGUUGUAUUUGAUUUUUCAGAAAAUUACCAGUUGAAGUACUCUAGCGAGGUCCAGAGUCGUCAUUUUGGCGCCUCUAAUGAACAACUUACACUACACACUGGAGCUUACUUUGUUAAAGUCACAUCCAACGACAAAUCAAUAAUGAAAGUAAGAACAUUUUGUACAGUAUCUUCAUGUAAUAGACAUGACGCAGCAGCUAUAUGGGCUCACCUUUAUCCAAUAUUUAUGGAAAUAAAACAAAAUUAUGAGAAUGUAAGCAGAGUGCACAUUAUUAGUGAUGGGCCGACUAAACAAUACAGGAACAAAAGUAAUAUGUACUUGUUCAGUUAUUAUAUGGAGCACUUCGGGUUCGAAAAAGCUUCGUACAAUUUUAGUGAGGCUGGUCACGGCAAAAGUGUUGCAGACGGAGUUGGCGGAACUAUAAAGAGAACCGCGGACUCAGCAGUUAAUAUGGGAAAAGAUGUGUCAAAUUUAGAACAGUUCAUGACCGCUGUAAGCAACUUAAAAAUACAAGUUUUGGAAGUAGAUGAGGCCAAAAUGAAGAGUGUUGAUUCUAUUUUGAAACCUAAGUUAGUUCAUUUACGGGCCAUUAAAGACACAUUGAAGUUGCAUCAAAUUGUUUGGAAUUCCCCAGAUGGAACUGGAUUAGAUUGUAGGUUUUUGUCCUGCAUAAUUUGUAGAAAUAAAUCAAAGUGCCCUCACCAAAUGACGAGCUACCAUAGCCUAAUAACUGAAGCUGCCGAUUCUGCGCCUUCUACCAGUAUUCCACGGACAGAAACUUCUAUUGCAACUUGCAGACGAGAGAGGCUCAGCUAUCAUGAUGUAUAUUCAGAUGACGACGAUCACAAUGAAACUGUCCAAAAUCCAUCGGUGGUUACGCCUUGCGAAUUACCUUCAGAUGAAGUUAAUGAUCUCUCCACCGGUGACUUUGUCCUUGUGCGGUUUCCAUUAAACAAGAUCGUGAAAUUUUACAUUGGCGAGGUUAUUCAAAAAUAUAAAGAUGGUGACUAUGAGGUCAAGUUUCUCAGAAAAACAGUUGGAGAAAAAUUUGUUUUUCCUCAAAAUGAUGACAUUGCAUCGGUAAACAUUAAAGACAUUAUUCAAACGCUGACAAACUUUAAAAUGCAUCGAGGCAUUUAUAUUUUUCAAGACUUGGCAAAAACAUCUAAUGUUUAUUGAAAUGUUGAUGU